CCAGGGAUUGGUCCACGAAUUCGCCUCGAGUUCCGAUUGGCCAGCCGCCCUAGGUUUCCCUCAGAACUGCAAGACGCCGAUAUUGCGUUACAUUGUAGCAAAAUGGCGGCUGUCAUUCAGAAUCCACUGAAAGCGUUGGGCGACCAGUUCUAUAAGGACGCCAUCGAGCAGUGCCGCAGCUACAAUGCCCGCCUGUGUGCCGAACGCAGCGUCCGCCUGCCGUUCCUGGACUCUCAGACCGGCGUGGCCCAGAACAACUGCUACAUCUGGAUGGAGCGCCACCACCGAAGCCCCGGUGUUGCAGCGGGGCAGAUGUACACUUACCCCGCCCGCUGCUGGAGGAAGAAGAGGCGGCUCCACAACGCCACGGAUCCCCGCCUGGGCAUCUACGGCCUCCAGCUCGAUGGCGGCCUUAUGUCCAGAGACGCUUUGCCCACCCAGAGCACCACGCUGGAGGCUCUUCUGCGAGGAGAAGGUCUGGACAAGAGGAACAACUCAAAGAAUGAUGAGGAAAGUCUGCUAGAGAUCCAGAGGGUUCUGGAAGCGGACGCGGCAGAAGACGCCUUCAACGACGACGACGAUUACGAGGUGGACACUCCUAAGAGGAGACAUCGAGGCAAGGGGAGAGGCCGGGGUUCAGGCCGCAGGAGGACAGAUCUGGAUGACGAUAAGCCAUACGUCUGUGACAACAGAUACAAACAAAAGCAGAACUCAAAGACUUUGACCUCAGUCUGUACAAAGCGUUACAGGAACCGCACAGGACUAAGUUACCACUACACUCAUUCCCACCUGGCAGAGGAGGACAGAAGCGGGGAGAGAAGCUCGGUGGCGUCCCGCUCCCCCUCUGCACCACAGACUGACAGGCACAAACGUCCAAAGGGUUCUGGUGGGACCAGCAUUCCCAACAACUACUGUAACAAAUGCCAGGGCACAAACAGGAAAACGGGUAAAUCUGGGUCUCCCUGCACAGCCUGCCAAUGCACAACUGGCGGUGGGGAGGAGAAGGAAGACGGCAAAUUCGCUGCAGCCGAGGAGCUUUUCGGCACCACCUCGGAGAGCGACACCUCCACCUUUCACGGCUUUGAGGACGACGAGCUAGAAGAACCGGCCGCCAACGGCAACGGGAUAUCCAGCCGCCACAGAUAGACUUGCUAGAUUUUAAGGGACACUUGUUUCAAAUAUAUAUACGGAUUACCCUCUGGCAAAAAUCAGCUGCUUCUUUUUCAAUUUUUUUUUUUUUUUUUUUUUUUUUGUUCUUUGUUUUGUUUUCAGAAAGCACAAAGUGAUCAUUUCCAGACAGAAAUGCAAGUGGUAUUUUAUCUACUGAACAUUGUUGAAUAAUUUAUGGAGACAUUUUUUUAUAUUAAUAUGCGGUAUAAACUGACCUUUAAUGCAACAAACUAUCAACGUUUCCUAAAAAGGUGACUGUGUAAGACAGAAGAAGCUUUUGGUGUGCUUUUUUUUUUUUAAGUUUUCUUCAUUUCCCUUCGUUGGAGUAGAAGUAGCAAAAAGCUAUGAACAAAUGCAAACACUGGAGCAGUUAGAGACAAUUUUGAACAAGUGAAACUUUACAGCGAUGAGUUGGGUAGGGUGAUCGAAUUUCUACGAGGAAGAUACUUGCAUCGAAGGUCUACUGGAUGUUCUUAGGUCAGAAGUCUGCGGGACUUUGAAGGGCUCCUCUUCUCCGCUCUCUCUGGGAAUAUAAAAAAAAAUGUGUGAAAGUGAAGAAACCAUGGAAAAUUACAAGCCACUGGAAAUAUUGGGAAAUGGAAGUCUGUCUUGUUUUCACCGAAAGGGACAUAAUAAAUGAAAGGGCACGUUACAUCCUGUUCUACUCUAACUAUCGAUCAUCUAUUGUGCAGGAGCGGUGAGCACGUUGCCAUGUUGCCCAGAGAUCAGGGGAUGACCAGUGAAGAAGAGGAUUUGACCCCUUAAAAACUAACGAGCCUCCUCGUCCGUCCUGAUUCGGGCUCCGAACACGCGACUGAAAAAAGCCUUCCAGGAGCAGCGUGGCGUAAUUGAAGCAACUGCUCCCCAGACAUUAUGUAUCGACCCUCCUUGAAACGUUUGAAACGCGAGCGUCCGGCCUCAUUUAAUCCUAUCUGCACUGUGUCGGGAGCUCCUCUCUGGACUGCGGGAAGGCUAAAGGCCAGGCCUUUGGACUGCUUGUGCCCGACGAGCACAUCUGGGGCGACCCGGCUUGCCCGCUUCUGCUCUGUGACUGUGUGUCUGCCGCUUGACCUGAUGCGAUAUGAAGACAUCGUUAUCCUGAACACUGUGCUAGCCUGCCGCUCUGCACUGAAAACCAGCUUUGACAGCCAUGACUCCUCCAACCUGGUCAGACCAGUGACCCCCCCCCCCCCCCCUCUCCCCCCUUCGCUGACCUGCAGCCAUAGAGUCGGUGCUCAAAUCCACCACUAUUACAUGCAGACCUCUGAACUAUGUAAUCUUCUAACUUGGAAAGUUUUUUUUUUUUCUCCUGUUUUAGUCUGUUUUUGCAAUUAAUCUUUAACGAAUCAAAGCAAUCCUUCUGGCUUUUUUUCUUCUGGCAUGCUUUUUCUGCUGUACAAGCUUUCAGUUUUAGGCUCUUUUAGGAGUUGCUUUCAGUCUGUGCCGAUACAUCUGGCUGAUCAGGUGCACAACACUCACAGCUACUCAGGCAUCUUUGUUUUUUUUUUUAAUAUUUUCCUGGUGAUUCUUCAGCUUCUCAGAUCAGCGAUUGUACUCAGACGACGAGGAGGGACGGCAACAUCCACACCGCGAUUCCUUCUUUUUUUUUUUUUUAAUCAGCAGUACCUAGGAAGGAUUCAAUGAUGCAGUAAUCGGAUGCUAGAGGAAAACACCUGCAAUAACGAGCUUUAUCUGUUUGCUUAUUUCAUUUGAAAUUUUUAUAUGUUUAAUAUUUAAGGGUUAAACAAAAAAAAUGUCUUAUUUGGUUAAAAAAAAAAUGUUUUUGUUACUAGAGAGAAACUACUGUUCAAAUUCACACCCUGAAUUAUAGAAGGUGUACUCACGGGGUUUUUGUGGGCCUAAUUGCUUUAUGACAUUUAAAAAGGUGCUUUGUGUGCUGAAUCAAGAAGCCGUUAGGUCCAAAGGUUGCACAAGCUGUUUGAGAGGUGUGUGGAUAUGCAGCAUCGCUGCUCCGUUAUUCCUGCGUGUUGCUUAUGACUGGUUUGUGCAUUCAAAAAAUCAUAUUUCCUCACUUCCCUCAGGGACCCCCUUCCCCACCCAACGUUUUUUUUUUUUUUUUUGAAUCUCCACAGGAUAAAGAAUGCUUCUGAAACUUGUCGUCUUCCCAUGUAUCAGUUCUAUGUCCUUUCCGUUUUAAUAUGGGGUUUUAUCUUCCAAAGUCCCACCACAAAGUGAAAGACGUGUCCUAACCUGUUAAAUGUCGCUAAUACUAACAGGUAAAAGUACUUGCAUCUCUUAGCUAAAAGCUCAAAAAGAAGAAGAAAUAUCUGCUUAAACUAAAAAGCGUCACCUUUUUAUUAAAAAAGCCGGUAUACCUCGUCACAGACACAGCAAUAGGCCUUGGUACUCCUUAUGAAGCCUGCCGAGGGAGGGGGGGGCUUAGAGAAGGAGGAACUGGGGGCAAACGGAGCCAUGAAGAGUGGAACGGACAUGACCGGGUGUUGUUUUUGUUUCCCACGUUUUUUUCCUGCUGUAAAUAUAAGUCAAAAAGGAGAGAAUGAAGAAGUGUUUGUUUGGUAAACUAUUUUUAUUGUUCUGAAAAAAUAAAGACAAAAAUAAGGAACAAA